AAGAUUCCGUUGGACAUCUAAAAAUACUGCCAAACACGUAAUAGAAUGGAUUUAUAUAUUUGUUCCGGAAAGAAAUAGCUCUUCAACCAAACGUGCCAUAAUUGCUAAAUCGACUGAAUACCUGCUUAUACCCCUCUCACUGUUAAAACUUUAAACCCUAAAAAGGAUUUUCGAAACAGAGAGCAGUGGGCAGUGGAGGGGUUUUUGCUUCUAAUUUAAUUUAAUAAUUUAGUUUCAGCAAAUCGACACCUUUACCUUUGCUUCUCUAAAUUCGAAAACGAUUCUAAUUCACUGAACCUGCCGAUUUUAUCCCUGUAAUCAUGGCUUCAGAUGCGGAUAUGGAGGAUUAUGGAUUCGAGUACUCCGAUGAAGAGCCUGAGGAACAAGACGUUGACAUUGAGAAUCAAUAUUACAAUUCCAAAGGUUUGGUAGAAACAGACCGUGAAGGAGCACUUUCUGGUUUUGCUGGAGUGGUUGGCAUGGAGCCUGAGAAGGCUGAGUGGGGAUUCAAAGCUCUGAAGCAAACUGUAAAGCUCUAUUACCGUUUAGAGAGGUAUAAAGAAAUGAUGGACGCUUACAGGGAGAUGCUAACAUACAUCAAAUCAGCAGUGACACGAAAUUACAGUGAAAAAUGUUUAAACAAUAUUAUGGAUUUUGUUUCUGGGUCAGCUAGUCAAAAUUUUGAUCUCCUACAAGAAUUUUAUCAGACCACUCUGAAGGCCCUUGAAGAGGCAAAGAAUGAGAGACUUUGGUUUAAGACGAACCUUAAGCUUUGCAAGAUCUGGUUUGAUAUGGGUGAGUAUGGGCGAAUGAACAAGAUUUUGAAGGAACUUCAUAAAUCUUGUAAAAGGGAAGAUGGUACAGAUGAUCAAAAGAAGGGAAGUCAGCUUCUGGAAGUAUAUGCCAUUGAAAUUCAAAUGUAUACUGAGACAAAGAACAACAAAAAGCUUAAGCAAUUGUACCAGAAAGCACUUGCUAUUAAGUCCGCAAUACCUCAUCCGAGGAUCAUGGGGAUAAUUCGUGAAUGUGGUGGCAAGAUGCAUAUGGCUGAGCGCCAGUGGGCUGAGGCAGCCACCGAUUUCUUUGAAGCUUUCAAAAACUAUGAUGAAGCUGGGAAUCAGAGACGUAUCCAAUGCCUAAAAUACCUUGUUCUGGCUAAUAUGUUGAUGGAAUCUGAAGUUAAUCCUUUUGAUGGUCAGGAGGCAAAGCCGUACAAAAAUGACCCUGAGAUUUUGGCAAUGACAAAUCUAAUAGCAGCCUAUCAACGAAAUGAAAUAAUAGAGUUUGAAAAAAUCCUCAAGAGUAACCGAAGGACAAUCAUGGAUGAUCCAUUCAUCCGAAAUUAUAUUGAAGAUUUAUUGAAGAAUGUCAGAACUCAAGUGGUACUUAAGCUUAUAAAACCAUAUACAAGAAUCCGGAUCCCUUUCAUAUCAAAGGAACUCAAUGUGCCAGAAAAAGAUGUUGAGCAGUUGUUGGUUUCCUUGAUCUUGGAUAAUCGUAUUGAUGGGCAUAUUGAUCAAGUGAACCGACUGUUGGAACGUGGUGACAGGUCAAAGGGCAUGAAGAAGUACGCUGCUAUAGAUAAAUGGAACACACAGCUGAGGUCCCUUUAUCAAACCGUCAGCAACAGGGUUUAUUGAGAAUACAAGUAUCAUAUAUGAUAUCCCUUUGGUGAAGGUGCUUUUUUUCUUUUUUGUUUUUUGAGGCAACAAGAAUAUGCUUUCUUAUCUUAGCUGAUUUAGAUAAGCAAUAUGGAAAGAAAAAAGCAUGUAUCUAGAUUCGUACAUUACAUGUUUGGUUAGACAAAGUUUUCUUCUCGUUCAGUGACAGGAAAAAAUACAUAUUUGCCUGAUUGCAAGAAUUUUGAUUGAGAUUGACACUGGUUUUAUGAACUACCGAUUCUCUGCGUUUUAGUGUGGAUAAAUUGCCAAACGUUAACCCAUAAUUUGAUUUGACUGGAUGCUGUUGUGUGCACUUGCUGGGAUGAGCUACGAUGGAAGGGGAAGGAAAUGAAAAGGGAAAAGAGAGUUGGGGAAAGGGAAAAUAAGUUUUUUGCUCGGAAUCUACUUUCCGAGGAAGAUGAGCGAUGGUUAAACUCCAAGUUUUAUGAAGGGAGACAGAUAAAAAUUAGAAAAUGUCAAUGUAAAAAUGUGAAAACAAAGUUUAGAGAGGUUUUUUUUCCCUUAUGGAAUGAUUGAUUUUUUCUUGUGAAAGUGAUAGAAAUUACUCACUUUCCUUUGCAAACUGUAGAAAUAAUUUAUUUUUC